CAUCCCCAUCUCCACGCAGUCCUUCUCGACGCUUUGGUCUGUUACGAGGUGACGACGUACGCCUUCGCCUACGACCACGACAAAUCUUCGGUUUUUCAAUUUCAGGAAUUUUCUCAAUAUUUCCAACUACUUUGUUCAGCUUGUCUCACUUUGCAUGAAAAAUUUGAACUGAAAGAUUACAAUAAUGGGAGGACGGGGGACAUUCCCUUUUCUGAAGGGUUUGUCAGAGUUUCUGACUUCGUUCGGAUUUUUCUUACUGUUGCCGCAGAUUUUGAAAAUUUCGUCCGUUUCUGGACAAGAACUGCAAAAUGUGAACAUCGUGUUUUUCUAUGAAGAAUCGGAAACUGUCAAACAUUUUGAUGCGGCUGUUGACUACAUCAAUAAAAAUCCUGUGGCUGGUGUAAAACUGGGAAAAGUUCAUCGGAUAUUUUCAAAUGGAUCGGAUGCCAAAAAUUUAGUGACGGAUAUAUGCAUGCAAAUGGAUGAGAUCAGAGCAGGCCCAGAUAAGCCGGACAUUGCCAUCGACUUUACCAGACAUGGAGUUCCAUCGGAGGCUGUCAAGCUGGUGGUGAAAGUCAUCAACUUGCCCACCGUGGCUGCAACGUUCGGUCAGGAGGGCGAUAUUCGGAGUUGGCGUGAUCACGCUAAAACAAAUUGGGAUGGCUACUUGGUCCAGGUUUCUCCCCCGGCAGACCUCUUGGUACAAUCGGUGCGAUCAAUUGUGGGCAAGCAGGACAUGACCAGUGCCGUUCUUCUGUUUGAUGAACAACAAUACGAAAUGUACCACAAGUACAAAUCCCUCCUGCAAAAUAUGCCGACUAGACAUCUUCUCACAAAAUUGGAAAAAGAUAGUGCCGGAAUUCGCAAACAAAUUGAUAGAUUGGUCCAUGUCGACAUUGUCAACUUUUUCAUCGCUGCUACUCCCAAUGAAAUUUCUAGCGUCCUUGCCGAAGCCUCCGACAAAGAUAUGAAGGAUGGGCCGUACUUUAGUGAUGAAUAUGCUUGGCACUCCAUGUCCCUGGAAGAAGGAGUUCCAAGAUGUAAUGCUUGUCGGAGUAACGUAACGGUGAUCCAUCUAAGUCCUGAUUUUACCGAAGUUGGAGAAAAGCGAAGAAGUUUCCUCGCGUCCAGAGGAACGGUAAAGGCGAACAGGUUGACGGACAUGUUCUAUUUUGACAUCACGAUCAACACGAUCUUGGCAGUAAGGAAAAUGAAGGCCGACGGUAACUGGAUACCCCCACCGAUGGAUACUAAAUGCGUCAACACAGAUAAUUUCACCGACACUUAUAAAUUGGACUUGUAUGAUGCCCUAAAAACAGAGGGGACGGACAACAUUCUAAAGAAUUUUAACUGGGGCAGAAACGGAAACAACUAUCCCAUUUUUACAAUGAAGAUUGAAAGAUUCGUUUUCAAGGAGCAUCAAGCAGAGUCUGAGACGAAAGAAAAAUUAGGGGUUUGGAGGACUGGUUUCACCGAGCAUCAAUUGAUCACACCCGAACCUGGCAAGGACGCCUUGUGGAAAGUUCAUCAGGCCCUGACCGUCUUUCGAAUCGUCACUGUCGUGCAACCUCCCUUCGUGUAUAAAACGCCUGGCUGCGUUGAAUCGGCUGAGAAUAAGUACAGCCGAUGCUUCACCGGGUACUGCAUCGACCUUCUCGAACGGAUUCAACAAGAUCUCAAGUUCAACUACACCAUCCGAAACGUUUCCGACUAUGGCUACAUGGGCAAAGAGGAGCCCCACGAGUGGACUGGCAUGGUCAAAGAACUGAAGGACAGGAAAGCUGACAUCGCUCUCGGAGCAAUGUCGGUCAUGGCGGAACGAGAAAGUGUUGUUGACUUCACGGUGCCAUACUACGAUCUUGUCGGGAUUUCGAUUUUAAUGCGAAAACCAAAAACAACAACGUCUCUCUUCAAGUUUCUUACUGUGUUGGAAAACGAUGUGUGGAUGUGCAUCUUGGGUGCUUAUUUUUUCACCAGCAUUCUGAUGUGGAUAUUUGACCGAUGGAGCCCAUACAGUUAUCAAAACAACCGAGAGAAAUACGAGGACGAUGAAGAGAAGCGAGAAUUCAAUCUCAAAGAGUGCUUAUGGUUCUGCAUGACGUCUCUGACCCCACAAGGUGGUGGGGAAGCUCCUAAAAAUCUAUCUGGUCGUCUCGUCGCUGCAACUUGGUGGUUGUUUGGGUUCAUCAUCAUCGCCUCAUAUACCGCAAACUUGGCCGCUUUCCUGACCGUGUCUCGAUUGGACGCUCCCGUCGAAUCCUUGGAGGACUUGAGCAAACAAUACAAAAUUCAGUAUGCCCCCCAAAGGGAUAGUGCAGCUUGGAUCUAUUUUGACCGGAUGGCUCACAUUGAGCACAAGUUUUACGAGAUUUGGAAGGACAUGAGCUUGAACGACAGCAUGUCUGACUAUGACCGUUCUCAACUCGCCGUGUGGGACUAUCCUGUGAGUGACAAGUACACCAAAAUGUGGCAAGCGAUGCAAGAAAAUACUCCUCCACUCACAUUCGAAGAAGCAGUGGUUCGUGUUCGGGGGAAGGAAGAAGUGAAUGCGCAGGAUGGUUUCGCAUUCUUAGGAGAAGCCACGGAUAUAAAGUACCAAUACAAAACACAUUGUGAAUUUCAACAAGUCGGGGAAGAAUUUUCGAGGAAACCGUACGCCCUUGCCGUCCAGAAGGGUUCGCCUCUCAAAGAGUCGUUUUCUCAUAUGAUCUUAAAACUGUUGAAUCAACGCCACUUGGAACAAUUGAAGGAACGUUGGUGGAAUGAGAACCAGUUUGCCAAGAAAGAUUGUCCCAAAGACGACAACCAGUCUGACGGGAUCAGUAUUCACAACAUUGGUGGAGUGUUCAUUGUUAUUUUCGUGGGAAUAGUGAUGGCUUGCUUCACCCUCAUCUUUGAGUACUGGUGGUACAGGAAGAGAAAUAUUGCCGAGGAAAUGGCAGAAAUGGCAUUACCAGCACCCAAAGAAUUCGGGUCUACAUUUGGAGCCGCGUCCACGGACAAGACCAAUUUCAACACCCAAUACAACAAACCACCAGGGGCUCGAGCUGAGUUGCCGUCGAUUGAAAACUCGUGGUAGUAACGGGACCGAGGAAAUGCGGAAUAUUUAGCUAACUAAUAAUAUUUAAAUAAAUAAAUAGCAUUUAAAUCUUGGAUCAUGAAAUGAUGAUGAUGUGCACAAAUCUAGCGUGUAAUAUCAUGUAGAUCUUGUGAUAUCUUGUGAUAUCGAAGGCAUGUAUUAUAUGUAUCAUAGGAUAGGGAUAGCGCCCAUUAUUGUGCUUAUCGCUUACUCUUUCACAGUUAUUUGAUCUUAAAUGAUUUAUAUAUGCUGCUAUUAAACAAUAAUUUUAAUUAAGUGGGAGUUAAAGUGCACCCAAGGAAGAAGGGUGGUCGAAAGAAAUAAGGGUUGCAAAAUGAUCUCUACUUUCCAACUAAAAACUUACAUUGCUCUAUUCGAAAUCAAUAAUAAAUAUAUAUCUAUACAUCUCACAAGAUUA